CAUAAACAGAAGGAAAAGAUGCAUAAAGUUUGGCUGUUGUCAAGUAUCAUGCAAUUUUUUUUUUCUUUCAUAUUUUAACGUUUAGUUUUAUUUCUGUCAGUUCCCUUUGUUUGUUUUUUUAAUCUUUUGCUGUUUAGUAUAAGACGCUUCUGUUUCUUUAGCCGUUUUAAGUUUACUCCCCCCAGGAAAAAAGAAAGGAUACACCCAAACGGCCUCCUCAUUGGCUUCAAAGGACAGCAACAAAUAACAACAACAUUAAUACAGAUCUGAUGCUAUAUUGCUUUCUUUGACUACUGUUGUGGUAUCAGAAACAUAAAUUAUGAUCAAUAGUGCCUCAGUGAUGAAGAAUCGCCGACUGCCCCUGGUGACAGGGGUUAGUCCCAAGGAAGGUCCCCCAGGGACUCGGAUCAUCAUUAGAGGAGAGAACCUUGGAAUAGACCCAAGGGAUCUUAUUGGAUUAAAGAUUUGUGGAAUGGACUGUUUGCUGUCUGCCGAGUGGAAGUCUCCUAGUAAGAUAAUUGCUCGGACGGGGCCUGGAAAAGGAAAGGGAGAUAUAAUUGUCAUUACUAAAUCAGCAGGCAAUGGGAGCUGUACAGUCGGAUUCAGAGGAUAUUUCUUGCAAACAGGUCCCCUCCAGGAAUCCGCUGUUUGGAUUGACGAGUCUCAGACGGUUAGAACACUGCGAGAUGGCCAGGCUUCAACACAGAUGCCCGAUCGUGAGGAUGAAGAUCCUCUCGGCAUUUCUAGUGAAGGCGACAAACCAAAAAUAAGCGAAGAGGAAAUGCUAGAAAUGUUCCCUGAAGGCUGUGGCAAUCUCUCUCUGGAAAACUUCUCGGCUGUCUGGUACCUGUUGGAAAAUCAUCAAAGUGCCAACUUUGAGGAUCUGAAGGCUGGUCUGAACUAUAUGCAGCGUAAAGCGAACCAGCGCUCUGAGGAACCCAUCGCCAUCAUCCGGUCUAACCUGACCACCAUUCUCGAGUGUCUUGACAGACUCAAAGCUAUGUAUGAGAAAUUUACAAAAGAUGAUAUCCGGGGUGAUUGUAUGAACUCAUAUGCUGUUCUUCUGAUGCAGGCAAAGUCUUGUGCAGACGGUUUGUUCCAGGAGGUGCUGGGGCGUAAAGACAGAGCAGACUCAACUCGCAAUGCGCUGAGUGUUCUCACAAAAUUCAGAUUCCUCUUCUAUCUUCCACUCAACAUCGAGAAGAACAUACAAAAAGGCAACUACAAUAUUGUCAUCAAUGAUUACGAGAAAGCAAAGUCUUUAUUUGCUGACACUCAGGUCAAAGUUUUCAGAAAAGUGUUUAAUGAAGUUGAAGCUCAGAUUGCGAACUUUAAGCAGAUGCUUCACCUCAAACUGCUGGAUCCAAGCAUUGAACUGGAGGAGCAGAAAAGACUCAUCAGGUAUUUGAUAAGCCUUGAGUACCAGGGAGACCCAGCCUGGGAGUGUUUGGUGAAUCAACAGAAGUGGUUGUUAUCCUUACUCACAGAAUGCAAGGAGGACCACAUUGAUCUUGAGAGGUGUGCCAUUCAACAAGGAGAUGCAGUCACUCCAGGUCGCUGGAAAAUAGCCAAUGUUUCAGGCUUAAAACCAGGUAUUUCACGUCAGUCGAGUUUUACUUCUCCUACUGCUGACAAAACAGGUGUGAAGUACCGCAUCCCACAGAAAGUGAUGUAUGUCGAGGACCUCACAGAGAUCAUGAUGGACAACUUUCCAGACCUGUGGAAACUCGGACAGGCAUACUUCACUGGAGAAUUCAUAAACAAGCUAGAAAUCUCUGACAAGGGCUUCAAGAUAGACACAAGCAAGCAUUCCAAACUAAAGCAAAUGAUUUCUGAAUUGGUCAGUCUGUUUACAAACUUGAUCCGAGCGGCAUUCUUACCGGAGUCGCUAGAAACGAUCCCGGACAUUGAGCGACAGAAGUAUGGUAUUUGGCCAGGUAAAAAAAAGGAUGUCCCUGGUGCCUGGCUGCCCCACUGUGUUAGACACAUAAGGAUGUGUGCCUCGUCUAUGUCAAGACUGGAUCCCAGUGGUAGUUCAAUGAUUCUACUGCAGGAGCUGGCCUUUGACCUGCGAACCAACUGCAUGUUCACCUUGUUGAAACAGGCUAUAGUAGAUGCAAAGUCUCUGCACACCAAAGAGACUUGGAUGGUUGAAACUGAUGAUGAAAAUGGAGGAACAACACAGCUACCUGCUCUGUUUGAGAACAUUGUCAGUGAGACUAUUCAACAUCUCCAUGAGGUGGUCGUACUUAACAAAGCUGGAGAACCUGAGAUUUUCAGUCAGCGUCCGAUUCAGAAGGAGGCAACAAUGUUGUGUACUCAGUUACUUCAGUCAUUUUCUACUUGUAUGGAACAGCUAGCGUUUAACCCACCUCUCCCCAAGAUGGAAUCAUCACACAAAAUCUUUGGGCGGAGUUCUGAAGAGGAACUGUUUGAGGACCCCAUUCCAUCCCUGGAUAAGCGGCUGGUGAUAAUGUUGAGCAACUGCAGCCACACAAUAGAGAAAGUGAUCCCUCGAAUGAUUGAAAACCUCAACAAGCACGGAUACGUUGAGAUGCAGAAAUCUUCUAAGACUGUUGAAGUGACGUAUCGUGACCUUGACAACAAAUUAUUUGAUGCCUACAUCGAGCAGAAGUCUGACCCGAUAGUUGGCUGUAUAGAAACAAACAUGUACCGUGGUGGAUUUGACUGGAAGAAGUCUAAACAACCCACAGAUGUUCGCAGUUAUCUAAAAGAAAUGUUGAUGGGCAUGAUAGAAGUUCAUGCUGAGGUAUUCUCCAUAUUUCCGAAGUUUGUUUCGCGGGUGAUGGGCAGAGUGAUUGAAGCGGUUUGUGAUGAGAUGACCCGACUCAUUCAGUGUUCCGAUGGUUUUAACAAUAAUGGUGCUAUUCAGGCUCACCUAGAUUUGUGUGCUCUCCAAGAUGCCGUGACUCUGUACAAGACAAACGCAACAAGCACUUGUUUUGAGGAUGCAUUCAAACACAUACCUAAUCUAAGCUCAAAUGAUCAACAAGUAGGUAACGAAUUGCUGAGCAAGUUCAAAUCCCGUAUGAGAUUCCAACUGAUGUGUUUCCAGCCGGAUGUGAAAGGAAGUCUCAUCAAGAGCAGAGCAGAUUGAUACUCAAAACUUAUUCUGUCAUAGUUCUGUACAUUAUCAAAUCAGUACCAAGACAUACUAUUAUGAUCAAGUUAUUGAGUAUGGGGGUUGGGGUGUAUGACCAGGGAGUCUUAUCAAAAGCAAAGAUGUUUGAUACUCAAAACUCGUACUGUCAUAGUUAUAUAUAUUCUGAACACCAAAAGAAAUGCAAAGGGAUUAACACACAUUGACAUUCAAGAGAAUCAACUACAAUGAGAUGCAGUCGAUGGAUAAAGCAACAUACAUGUGGAAUCAACCGGCCAGAAUGUUCCUGGAUGAGGCACUACACACCCCUUUGUCCCUGCUCAUGCAACUAGCACCAUCAUAGCACAGCGAAAUUAUAUGAGACCGUUGUGUUGAGAAUCACUUUUGCCUGUUAAAUUGUGGCAUUAAUAGUGUAUAUCUAGAAGAUAUUUGACUGGCUGCUCCUAGGUGAUGACCAGGUCACCACUGCCAUACAUCCAAUGAAACACUACAUGAUGGAAAUCGAUUGUAUUGUGAUGUAUAGUUAACCUGACAAUCAUGGGUCUGUGACGUGCAAG